AGGGAGCAGGGGGUGGUACUUCGCGAAGGAGGCCGGAUCACCUCAACAGUCACGUCAGACAAGUGCACUCAACAGAACGGCCCUUCAAAUGUGAGAAAUGUGAGGCAGCUUUUGCUACGAAGGAUCGACUCCGGGCGCACACAGUACGACACGAGGAGAAGGUGCCAUGUCAUGUGUGUGGCAAGAUGCUGAGCUCGGCUUAUAUUUCGGACCACAUGAAGGUGCACAGCCAGGGCCCUCACCAUGUCUGUGAGCUCUGCAACAAAGGCUUCACCACGGCAGCAUACCUGCGCAUCCACGCGGUGAAGGACCAUGGGCUCCAGGCCCCGCGGGCUGACCGCAUCCUGUGCAAGCUGUGCAGCGUGCACUGCAAGACCCCUGCCCAGCUGGCCGGCCACAUGCAGACCCAUCUUGGGGGGGCCGCCCCCCCUGUCCCGGGAGACGCCCCCCAGCCACAGCCCACCUGCUGAUGGGGACCCCCGCACCCACCAGGUACUGGUGAGGUUUGUCCAAUGGCAGCGGCGGCGGCAGC